CACCUCGGGGACAGGAAGAGGCGAGCAGGAGGGCGAGCGACGCAAACUACGACCCGGUACAGAUGGACAUGAGUGAGGUAUGGCGAUAGCGCACGCCGUUGAUCCUUAAUUCUUAGCUGUUAAGUACGAAACAUUCGGACAAUGCCUAAGAAGAUGCCGCGGUGACUUUACGGGUGCUGUAUGUACAUGCAGAGCAUCUUAGGCCUGAUACGUAAUGGGGAUAGUGUCCGGUUUUGCAAGGUCAUGUCGUCGAAACGAUCAAUUAACGCCGCCCGCGGCGAGCGGGCGCAAUGCGCGAGAUCGCGGCAAGCGAUGCUCGUGCAUUGACGAUUUCUUGAUCGGAUCGUGAUAUUCGGUACAAGCUGCAGUAUCCGUUAUCUAGCGAAAGCGAUCCGGCUCGUAGUUUACGCGCACAAUGCGAAUAAGACAGGACCUUGAAACCCUAGCGAACGCAGGGAUAAUCAGGCUAUCAUUCACAUUUAUUAAAAUUUAAAUGAUAAGUAAAUGGGAAUAGUGCCAUUUCGUGAGACAAUAUUAACACGUAGCUCUGUUGGUAAUACAUGAUACAAUAUCUACGCAUCUCGGCAAGGUCUAUGCUGUGUGAGGGUCUUUCAAGACUACCCCCAAGUCCUAGUCAGAAGACAGAGGAGAGCAACAACAAUAAUUCGUCCAGGGAGUCCAGUAGCGAACGCGCCCACAGUCCUGCACAGGCCCAGUCUACCUUUGGCUCGAGAACAGAAUCCUCCCGAGCUUUGCCUUCUCCAUCAGACCAGAGGCGAGCUGAUCAUGAGAAUCAUGCGAGUUCGAAAGACGAUCACAGGCGGGGAGAUCGUAGCGAUCGGAGUCGGCACUCGUCCGACAAGAGUCGCCGGUAUGACGAUCGAAGGCAACGUGACAGCAGCAGUAGCCACAGAGACCGAAGCAGAGAUCGGCGGGGUCGGGAUGACGACAAGCGUAAGGCGUCCGUCGGGUCGUCCAAGGAUGAGAAGAGCGACGACAGAGAGAGGAGCGACAAGGAUCAUCAUUACAGGGACGACCGGAGGGAUCGUAAUCGCGACAGGAACGACAGGGACCGACGCAGAGACCGCAGCGAUCGCGGUGAACGGGACCGGCGGCACUCGAGGGACGACCGGUCCAAGGACCGAUAUCGGGACGAGCGCUCGGGCUACCACAAGGAGAGGGAUCGCACGCGAUCGAGAUCGCGAUCGAGGGACCGCGCGCUACCGCUACCGUUCAGGACGAUGAGUUACCGAGAGGAAAAAGGACGGAACAAGCUGGCUCAGCUUGAGAAACUGGGUAUAGAGUUGAAGCCGCCGGAGGGCGGCGACAUCAUGACGCCCGGUAACUUCCAGGGCGAACAAAAUUACUACAAUCCGUUGGCGACGGCGACGCAGGGCAAGUACGCGGAACAGAUCCAAAAGAGGAAGCUUCUGUGGGCGAAUAAGUCCAAGCCGGACGACGGUAAUAGCACGUCGACCGCGGCUUCCACCGCCAACACAUGGAUGGGAACGACCUUCACGCACGAUCAGGAUGGGAAGGUGUCGGCCAAGUUCAAGCGACUGAUGGGUAUUAAGGGUGAUAUGCCUAGCGCGCCGGCGGUAGGGGCCAAGCCGGAUAUUCUGAAAAAGCAGGAAGAGAUGUUCAACAAUAUGGAGCAACAAUACGAAGUAGCGCGUGCUACCACACACACGCAACGUGGCGUAGGACUGGGCUACGCGACUGGUGGCUAUCAAUUUCCACGAUAAAACGCGCCUCAAUUUGGCGCCCAUUGUUUAAUUACAUUUAAUAUUAGUAGUUACAUUUAAUACUGAUACGCAAAUAGAGUUACGUUCACCAGUUCAGCGACCUUACGUCAUUUCGGUUAUUUCAAACCGAAUUGUAUGAUUUCCAGGGUUGGGAAGUGACUCGUUACUUGUAACGAAGUUACAGUUACAGUUACUUCUUUUUGGUAACUC